AUGUCACUUUUCGAUUACUUCUUCAAUCGUUCGCAUAGAUUUCGCCUUAGAACAGUGGACAAAUUGCAGGAGUUGCUUUUGCUUGUGUGCGAAACGGAUCCUCAGCAUCAUCCUCUUCCUGGACCCAGUACGGAAGCGAGGGAGUUGAAGUCUUAUGCCAUAAAAACUGUCAAAAAGUGGCAUGAGAAGUUCGGUCCUGGCUACGACAAGCUGAACUAUGUGGUCGAUUUUUUACGAGAAUCUAAGGCCGUAGAUUUCGAUUCAGCUUCUGCAGAACUUUCGGCUGAAAGGUUGAGAAAAGAAGCAGAGGAUCGAAAAAGUGCCGAACUAUCGCAAAAAGUUGCCGCUCACGUCCGCCGUAAACUUGACGAAGUAAAGGAUGACAUUGAACAAUGCAUUGCUCUCGCUGACACAGCUCUCUCAAUCCUAGUGCCCGUGUUUUGUACUGAUUUCGAAGAAAAUGCGGUCAAAAACUGUGGCAAUACCUCUGAUCCAACCAGCAUUCAAGAACUUCAAGAAAAACAGGCUGCUCACGGGUACACAAGCUCUGACACAAUCUCUGUUGUUUUGGAAUCACUAACCCCAGAGGUUACGAUUAAUGAGAACAACGAGGCGCUACUGGAAAGCGUACGAGAUGCAAAAGUUAUGUUAGAAUGUCUACCGAAAUAA